UUGUUGUUGUUCAAUCAAAUAAUUUCUGAAAUUAGUCUUGUGUUCUGAUCCGAGUGGGGAAAAUGUGACAAUUGGCCUUUGGUGACCCAUGCCAUAGCAUGCUGAGGCACUUUAACAACGGCAGGCUACCUGCUAAAAAUCGUGUGGAACAGCAGUGGAAAUUCCACAUAUAGGGCACUAGUGGAAAUGUCACAAUAGCACCGCUCUGUGAUCUAAAGAGGGAGUUUCUUUUGCGCUCAACAUGAACGUAGGCUACUCUGGAAACGGUUUAGUUUCGAUUUGGUCCUGAUGGUUCAGAUCUUUUACUGUCUAUGGUUCAGACAAGUCUGUGGAAAGAAGUCUGUAAGAAUUUAAGAAACAAGUUGUUGGAGCAGUAGUCACGCUUGUUUUGCAACUGAAAAAAGCGGUAGAUUAAUCUACUGACUCGCUCGGUCUUGGGAGUUAUGGAGAUACUGGACAAGGACCAACUCAAGAUGGCAGAAUCACUACUUCAUGAAUUCUUUCCUCAGUCGAUUCAAGUGGGUAUAUCCAUAGCUAUGUGCGUGCGCACGUACAGUACGCGCGCACGCAUAGGCCUGUGUGCGGGUUUGGAUAUGUUGAUCGUCGUUUUAUGUGUAUGGUUACAUUUUUAAAAUGAAUAGGGUGAAAUCUGAUGACCGUAUAGAUGUACUCGUGGACCGCUGGCCAGAUUUCAGAGUGGUCAUCACUAGACCACUGCGGGAGAAGGAGGAGGAUUACUUCAAUGACGUAUGUGUUUACUCCAAACAUGGAGACACAAUGAAGGAAAUAUUACUAGAGACUGAGCUUGUUGAUUGGCACAACUACCUUUGCUUAGGUGUAGAUUUGUGUAAUGAAGAGAUGAUUACAAGUAUAGCUGCCACCAGAGGUGUGACUGGAAGUAAGGCAGCAGUGUGCCACAUGUUACGGAUGGAGGACCCUGCUCACCUACCACCACUAGACAGCUCAACAGUAACAAUAUCUUCUCUUGAUGAGUCCCACAUUUCUUUGGUUAAUGAAACCUGGAAGUUUGGGGAAGGAGAGCACAGUGUGAAGUUCAUCAGGAACGUGAUCCGCCAUUUUCCAACCUGCUGCAUUUUGGAUGCCAGUGGUACACCAGUGGCCUGGGUUUUAACAUAUGCGUAUUGCGCCAUGGGGAUGCUGUACACAAGGCCAGAGCACAGACGGAAAGGCUAUGCAAAGAUCCUUAUUAGUGUCAUAUCAAAGAGACUCCACGCCCAGGGCUACCCUGUGUUUUGUUUCAUUGAAGAAGAGAACCAGCUCUCUUAUAAGCUUUUUCAAAGUUUGGGUUUCAAAGAAGACCCCUCCUACAGAGCUUCCUGGUUUCAUUUCAACCAGUUGAGUUAGAAUUUGCCAAUAAAAUGAACAGUUUGCAUCUGACAAAUUACAGUAUACUAUCAGUCACUGCAGGCCUACAUCCAUAAUGAAGAUCAGAAGAAGAUAAUGGGUUCUCAUUCAGGCUUUUCUAAAGUGUGGGUUUGUAUGAGACCCUGGUCACAGGGCUACUGGUUUCUCUGGCUUCAUGCUAACAUUUGAUAAGAAAAUUAUCUAAAAGUCUGUUGCAUUAGGUAAAUUACACUAGUUUAGGCUACAUGACUGAACUACAGUAUAUAUACACAUACAUAUAGGCCUACAGUAUAGGCCCUACUCUUAACACUACAUCCACAUAAUGUACAUUUUUCACAAGUUACAUUUCUUGUAUCUUCACUGCUGUCUUGAGUAUCAAAUUGUUCACAUUACCAGCAACAUGUGAGUGAGUCGAGUAAAAGAUUGGUGAUAUUGAUCACAUUUUCAUU